GCAAUAAUUUAAAGACUAUGUGCAUCAUAAAAAUUUUCUAUCACUUACUUUCUCUUCAAUUAUUGUACUACUCUCCUGCAGCUUCAUGUAAAUCCUAUCAAUUUUCUAUCACUUUUUUUCUUUUUUUCUUUUUUCAUUACCGCUCUUUACAUUUUCAUCUUCAUUCAUCAAUUCGGAUCACCACCAAUCAUCCUCAAAAGCUUCAAAUCUGAUCAGCAAUCAUUCAGGUACCCAAAAGGCGCAAAUAUUCACUCAGCAAAAAUAUUGAAAUGGAAGCCAUCAUGAAGCAAGUCAAACACCCGCUCAAACAAAAAGAGGAGCAAGAGGCAUCAUUAAUCAGACAGCUUGAAGUAGUCAAACGUGAAAAAGAGCAACUACAACAAACAAUACAAAUUCUAUCAUCUUGUUCAGCAUCUAAAGAAGAAGCAGCCAACAGCUCAACAACAAAGCAACCUAAAGAAGAAAUUCAAGAAAUAUCAUCCGAUGAAAGUCAACAAACCAUGACGCCAAACCAUGAGGAAUAUCCACCACUACAAGCAGAUCAUAAAAAUAUAAAGAAAUGGUACGUAAUUUUCAACGGAGAAAACAAAGGAGUAUAUGACGAUUGGGGAAUCGCUAGUUCAUAUAUUCUUGGAAAAAAUAUCAUUCACAAAAGCUACAGAACGAAAAAUGAAGCAGAAACCGCAUACAACGAAGCAUACAAAGCAGUAAUAACAGAUAACGUCAAAUGUUCAAAAACAGUUCUCCUAACACCACAAAAAUCUACAUCCAGCUUCACACCACAAAAACCCGUAUCCAUCCCAAGAUCCCUUAACCAAUUAAAUGCAAAAAUUGCUCUUGAAUCCAUUCUAUCAACAAAAGAAAAAGAAGCCAUGAAAAAACCAUCUGCCAAAAAAUUUGCCGAAUUAUGGGACAGCCUCAUUUCAUACACCGAGGUCCAUUCUUUGAUGGGCUUUUACCCAGUAGCCAGACGCCCAGGUCCUAAAGCAGUCUUCUUAGCCGACCUAUCAGAUCCUAUGACUUUAUGGGAUUAUUUUAUUCAUGGAUUCAUCGACACCAUCUAUCUAGAAGGCACCAAUUUACAUUGCGUCAGCGAGUUCCCUUCUGCUGUGCAAACUAUCAUCAGAAAUUAUAAAAUACGAUUUGCAAAACAGGAAAGAGGAUUAUUCAUUAAAAUGCAUUCUAGCUACCCAAUUUUUGAUGAAGACUCUCAACUAAUUGUCCCAAGUAUUACUUUCGCAAACAUGGGAAUAAGCAAUGGCUCAAAACCAACAAAAGAUGAUCUACCACGAGAAUCACCAACACAGGAUCACCUAAUCUUUGCACUCGCCGGUGUCUAUUUAGCAUCAUCACGCAUAGGCAACGGUAAAGAUCAGAAAUCAAGAAUCAGAGUGAACUACGCCAGUAAAACUUUCAUUAUCUAUUCGUUAACAGACAGUGAAAUCACUCCGGAAGCAAUGAAAGCAAUUGAAACUUUCGAACAACCUUUCGAAAAGUUUUCUCAUCAAUUAGCUGAAUUACCUGCUGAUAGCAAAAAACAACUUUGCAAACAUAUUAUGCAUGCAUCAAGACACAAUUGCAGUCACUGUUUAGAAAACACAGAAGAAACACCAUUCAUGGAAGAUUAACGAUGAAAGAAAAAAUUAUUCAAAAAUAUGUCUUUUCGGAGGCGGGAGGAAUGACGUAAGCAAUAACGUAAAAAGCCAUAAUUGAAGACACCUGUCCUUUCAUGAAAGGGAUUAUUAUAUUUUUCAUUAUGUAAAGUGUCGGUAGAAGGAUUGUUAUGUAAUUAAAUAAGUGUCGGUAGAAUAAUUAUUAAGUGUCGGUUGAUGUAACAUAAAGUGUAUAACCCUCAAUAGUCUAGGGGGCUAUAAUGUAAAUAUAUAUGUCGUAUUGUAAUCAAACGAUUGCAACAAUAAUUGUAACCGACUCUCUUGAGCCUAUAAAUAGGGCCUUUUCCCAAAUGAAAUAACAAGCUAAGUUUGAGUGUUUAAGACUUGAGUUGAUCUCAAUUGUCUUCUCUGUUGAAAUAGUUGUUCUAUUUCUGAAUAGCAGAGUUCUAUCCAAAUUAUCCACAUAAUUAUCUAAUCAUUCAACACAAUCCAUCAUCAAUAUAAUCCAACGCAUCAUUCAGGUAUAAUCUUCUCUUAAUCUUUAUUAAUUCAUACCAAAUUUAAUAACAUGACGAAAUUAAUAAAGA